UAUGGCAAGGUUAUUGAAGUCUUUUUUAAUGCAUCAGAGAUCCUGGCUUUUAUUUGGGUAGCGCCGAGCUUCGCCGAGGCAUUCGACUCCCUGCUGGACACUUAUCAGCAGAUCGGGGAGUAGAUCUUACUUCUGAAAUCCUAGAGACCUAUUCUCGGAAAAUGCUCAUAUGCGGCAGCUACUGGUGAUGAUAUACGAGGACAUCCUUAGAGUUCAUGUCAUAGCUCUCCAAUACUUCCGACAAAAACUGUGGCGAUCGCCCUUCCAGACGAGCUGGAAGGGGUUUGCGUCGGAAAUUGACUUACUGAAAAACAACCUAGCUCGUCAUCGUCGACUUAUUCAGACCAGAGGCUCCCUUGUCGAGUUCGAAGCGGUUCAGAAUAUACGCACACAGUCUGAAGCAAACUUUCGGGAACUCAAGCUUUCUAAAGAGAGGCGAC